GCGGCGGUCUGGAGGAACCCGCAGUGUGCCGGCCGCCGUGUGAGCCGUGGGCCCCCGUGCUAUUGCGAGGUCUUUAACCUGAGACGUCCCUGCGCUGAAGACCAUGAACCGCAGCCGCCAGGUGACGUGCGUGGCCUGGGUCCGCUGCGGCGUGGCCAAAGAGACGCCGGACAAGGUAGAGCUGAGUAAAGAAGAAGUGAAACGUCUCAUUGCUGAAGCGAAGGAAAAGUUACAAGAAGAAGGUGCCAGCGAGGAAGAGGAGGCAGGCAGCCCUCCAGACGAUGGCGUGCAGAGUGCACGCACGCAGGCGCGCCCAAGGGAGCCGCUGGAGGAUGGUGACCCAGAGGACGACAGGGCGCUGGACGACGACGAGCUGGCCGAGUACGACUUGGAUAACUAUGACGAGGAUGACCCAGAUGCUGAGACGCUUGGGGAGUCGCUGUUGGGGCUGACAGUGUACGGGAGUAAUGACCAAGACCCGUAUGUGACUCUGAAAGAUACCGAACAAUAUGAACGUGAAGAUUUCUUGAUUAAACCCACUGACAAUCUCAUCGUUUGUGGUCGAGCUGAACAGGAGCAGUGCAAUUUAGAGGUGCAUGUUUAUAAUCAGGAAGAAGACUCUUUUUACGUGCACCAUGAUAUCCUGUUGUCUGCGUAUCCUCUGAGUGUAGAGUGGCUGAAUUUUGAUCCGAGUCCAGAUGAUUCUACGGGAAAUUACAUUGCGGUGGGAAACAUGACCCCUGUUAUCGAAGUUUGGGACCUGGACAUAGUGGACUCCUUAGAGCCAGUCUUCACACUUGGAAGUAAGCUUUCAAAAAAGAAGAAAAAGAAAGGGAAGAAGAGUUCCCCAGCAGAAGGGCAUACCGGUGCUGUCCUUGAUCUGUCGUGGAAUAAGCUCAUCAGAAACGUGCUGGCAAGUGCCUCAGCUGACAACACGGUGAUUCUGUGGGAUAUGUCUGUAGGAAAACCAGCAGCUAGCCUGGCCGUGCACACAGACAAGGUCCAGACUCUGCAGUUUCAUCCGUUCGAAGCACAGACGCUGAUAUCUGGAUCGUAUGAUAAGUCGGUGGCUUUGUAUGACUGCCGGAGUCCAGAUGAGAGCAAUCGGAUGUGGCGCUUCAGCGGGCAGAUUGAGAGAGUGACUUGGAAUCACUUCUCACCUUGUCAUUUUUUGGCCAGCACGGAUGACGGCUUUGUGUAUAAUUUGGAUGCACGUUCGGACAAGCCGGUUUUUACACUUAAUGCACAUAACGAUGAAAUCUCUGGGCUUGAUCUCAGCAGUCAGAUCAAGGGCUGUCUUGUGACUGCAUCAGCAGACAAAUACGUGAAGAUCUGGGACAUACUGGGAGACAGGCCGAGUCUCGUUCAUUCCCGGGACAUGAAAAUGGGAGUGCUCUUCUGUUCCUCCUGUUGCCCUGAUCUGCCGUUUGUUUACGCCUUUGGAGGUCAGAAAGAAGGCCUUCGAGUCUGGGACAUAAGCACAGUCUCUUCAGUCAAUGAAGCGUUUGGAAGACGGGAGCGGCUUGUUCUCGGCAGCGCGAGAAGUUCCCCUGGCAGCGGCCCUUUCGGAAGCAGGAGCUUGGAUACGCCCAUGGAGUCUUAACGAAGAGCACAGCGCUUCUCCGAAAGCCGGCCUCCAAGUGCUCGCCGUGCAGAGUGACCGAAACAGCUCAGCGCCUCCUGCCUGGGGUGCAGCCAGAGGGUAGACAUGCCCCUUCAAAAGAGAAUAAAAAGGUUUUUAAAGUAACUCCUUAAACAUGCUUAUUCUCACUGUUAAGAGGAGGAGACCCUGUAAUCUUAAGAUGGGUGAGCCUGGCCCUGGAAAGGGCAUUUGGCUGAGAGUGAACACGGUUCUCGCCCCCCUGACUGUUCACAAAGUAAUGCUCGUGAGCUACUGAGUUGAUUAAAAACGGCCUGCCGUUCAUUACUGACGUGGCCUUCAGGUUACCAAAGAGAAGAGGCAGGCUCUUCUCCAACACUGCAUGCCUGUUCCCGUGCCUAGUGCUUGAGACUUAAUGUGCAAAAGUAGUCCGUGCUUUCUACCUCACAGGGGACAAGUCUAAUUACAGAUUGUCUUUUUAUUAAGUGUGAAUUGUAGCAGGCACUACUUUUAGAUCUCAUUGAAGACACUCGACCCUAACUUGAUGGGGUAGACGAGCUAUCGGGCCCUAAUCCAUUGUGGGUAUGUCCUGUGUGAUUCCUGAGGGGGAGAGUGGGACCUUGAUCAUCUUAGUGCUAACAGCGUGGAAGGUCACACGUGUAGCUACUUAGGUUCACCAAAACCUCUUUUUCCAGAAAGGCCAGCUGACUGAAGUGUUGGUUCCUUUGACUUUGCUUUUGAUUCUCAAAACAAGCCCUGGAUCACUCAUGGUUAAUGGAAGCUAGAGGGAGACCUCUUAUGUAUUUAAACUUAGUUAACUCCAUCUCACACUUGAUGUUUUAAGAAUCGCUCUACAAAUGCAUCUUUCCUGGCCUUUCAAGACUCAGUUAUGUGUCAGAAGUAAAGA